UACAAAAACGGCGGUGCUCCGCCGGUGUUCCAAUCCCCGAAAUGCCCUCGCUGGAGACUCUUCGAUUACGAUUCUUCUCCUCGAACUGCAACGCGUUGUCAAUCUUCGAUGCUCCAGGGUCGAAGAAAAUCACAAGAGGAUCGCACUCUCUGUGUACUCGAUGUUCGCAUUCCAUUCCCCGGUACGAUGGGGAUCAGGGAGGUUGUAGUUGGAAUUGUGGCGGUUUUCGAUGGACAUAACGGUGCUGAAGCUAGUGAGAUGGCGUCAAAACUUUUGAUGGAGUAUUUUGUUCUGCAUACUUAUUUUCUUCUUGAUGCAAUGUAUUCUGUUGUAUCAAAGACUUCCACAGGAAAAUUGCUUCACAGGCGAGACCAUGAUCACGGAAACUUAUCU